ACUUGUUUAUCAGGCUAUUGCCUUUCAAACCUAUUUUCUUUUGCCCUCCAAACUGGAAGGUACUUAUGUUUCUUGACCUCCUUGUCACCGGCUACUUAAAUAUAAGGGAACGUGUUCAUGCCAGUCUCCGGGGGUCUCUGCGAAUAAAGUAACGACCACAAAUGAGGGUUCGUCUGGGGUUUAUGGCCUGUCUUCGUUGGUUACCUGCCGUGUGCUUUCCACCACAAACCCUUCCGCAUUUUCCUGCCGCUCUCGGGCUGUGACGUGUUGUGCUGACGGCGGCCUCGGAGCUUGGAGGAGCGGGGGGCUACUAGCAUGACAAGAUCAGGCUCCACUGCUCUAGACGCCCUGCCUUGCUUUGAGCGGAGCUCUAGAUACAUCCCCCGACCCCUCCUUCUUUGCUCAUUUGCGGCCCGCCCAAAUAACACCAAAGUCCCGAUUGAAUCUAGCCCGAGUCUGGGGUAGUGGGGGGGACCAAGCGGCCCUGGGAAGCCGAGGAGCGGACGGAGGCCAUCCCUGCUGCAUCUGGUACGGGGCUCCUUGUUGCUCCUCUCCAGUAACAAAUGCAGUGCGAGGACAAUGGAUGAGGAAGUCACCAGGCUUUCAAUAUCUUCUGAAGAGCCUAAAAUAAUAUUACACGGAUCGGAUGAGGGUGGUGCCGGCGGGCAAGAAUUUGUUGUGGAGCUUCAAGAGACUGUGUUGGUGUCAGAGGGCGAGGGUGAAGGCAUGGCGGUGCACAGGUUUGCCCCAGACGAGCUAGUCAUCCAGGAUGCUGUUGAGGAUGUGGUAUCUGAGUAUGUGCACUGCGAUGAAGAUGAAGAUGUCGCUGUAGAAACCUGUGUGAUGGCCUUGGAUGGUGAGGAGGAAGGCGUCGCCAUGGGUGACAUCCCCGAAGACGGCCUCGACCCCGAGCAACAGGACGAUGACCAAGAUGGCUGUGGCGAUUAUCUGAUGAUAUCUUUGGAUGAAGCUGGUAAAAUGGUGUCUGAGGAUGGGACGGAGGUAACCGUGGAGGGAGCAGUGGAGGACCAGGAAGUGGAGAAGGAUGAAGAUGGACAGGAAGUGAUAAAGGUGUACAUCUUCAAGGCUGACUCUGGGGAAGAUGACAUGGGAGAAUCUGUAGACAUCAGCGAUGGAGACAUGGAAAAUAUGGCACUAACAGAUUCAGGCCAAACGCUUCGAGAGAAGAUGGUUUACAUGUCUGUUGGUGAUUCUCAUCAUCAAGGAAACCAUGGUGUGGAGGAUAAUGAGAGCUGUGAAAACCGGAAUGGAGCAGCAAGCGCGCUUCUACACAUUGACGAAUCUGAUAGCGUUGAUGAAAUAGGCCGACAGCGUAAUAAGACCAAGCGCCGAUCUGAGCCAAGACAAGUCCAAACAGCCAUCAUCAUUGGUCCCUAUGGUCAACCUUUGACAGUGUAUCCCUGCAUGCUAUGCGGCAAAAAGUUCAAAUCGCGAGGCUUCCUGAAGCGGCACACGAAGAAUCACCACCAGGAGGUUCUUACCCGGAAAAAAUAUCAGUGCACUGACUGUGACUUCACCACCAACAAGAAGGCAAGCCUCCAUAACCAUAUGGAAGUGCACGCCUUGAGCAGCAAAGCGCCCUUAGAGUGCGAAAUGUGCGGCAAAGAGUUCCACCAGCAGGCGGCGCUGUUCUCCCACAGACUGCAGCACCACCACCGGGAGACCAAGAGUCAGCAGACGCCUCCUCCGCCCGCCAAGACGCACAAAUGCAAGUUCUGUGAGUAUGAAACUGCUGAGCAAGGGCUGCUAAACCGACACUUGUUGGCCGUUCACAGUAAAAGUUUCCCGCACAUUUGCGUGGAAUGUGGGAAAGGUUUCCGUCACCCCUCGGAGCUGAAAAAACACAUGCGCACGCACACGGGCGAGAAGCCUUACUCCUGCAUGUACUGCGACUACAAGUCUGCUGACUCUUCUAACCUCAAGACUCACGUCAAGACAAAGCAUAGCAAGGAGAUGCCGUACAAGUGCGAGCGCUGUUUUCAGACGUUUGCCGAGGAGGAGGAGUUAAACCAGCACGGACUAACGCACGAGGAAAAUAAGACUCACCAUUGUGCCCACUGUGACCACAAAAGUUCCAAUUCCAGCGACCUGAAACGCCACAUCAUAUCAGUGCACACUAAGGAUUACCCGCACAAAUGUGCAGUUUGUGGCAAAGGCUUCCACAGGCCGUCCGAACUCAAGAAGCACUCUUUAGCCCACCGCACCAAGAAACUCCACCAGUGCCGACACUGCAACUUCAAGAACGCCGACCCCUUUGUCCUCAGUCGCCAUAUCUUGUCUGUCCACACUAAGGAGCAGCAGCAGGCCUCCCCAGAAAAGAACGAGGCCAAGAGGACAGAGACGCAAUCUCCCGUGGCGUCCCCUAAAAAGCCCGCCCCUAGCGCCUCCACCGGUUCUAGCCAGCCUACUAGAGUGAGCGCGGCCAGCUUAGCCAGCAGUGUGACUGUGGUUGUUGGUAAAGGACAAAAAGAGCGGCGAAUUUACCAGUGCCAAUACUGCGACUACAGCACGGGUGACGCUUCGGGAUUCAAGCGACACGUGAUUUCCAUCCACACGAAAGACUACCCGCACCGCUGUGAGAUCUGUUCAAAAGGUUUCCGGCGACCGUCGGAGAAGAACCAGCAUAUCCUGCGCCACCACAAGGAUGUGGUCCAGGCAGAGUGAUAAACCCUCAGCACUGCGCCACUCGCGUAAAACUGUGUGAUGCAUCUGCUGCUCUUUGCUUGUCCUCCUGUUUACAGUGAAUCCCCUGUUAUCGAGGGCACAUUCAAGACCCACCCACUAUAAAAUGUUUUAAUACUUUUACCUAGGGAUGUGACAAAAUAUUGAAAUGGUGAUAUAUCGUGAUACUUUGUAUCCCAAAAGGUUAUCGAUAUGCUCCCUCCAAGAAUCGAGAUAUCGUUUUUAACAGGUGUCAAUGUCUAAAAAAAAAAAAAAAAAAAGAAUGAACCAACAAGUUGCUACCCUAAUUUUCCACCAUAAUAGUGUCUCAGUUAACUCUAAGGCUGCAUUGACGGUGCUCGACGCCCAAUCCAUUUAGACUGGGAACCAGAGCAUUCACAGUCAUUCUGUCCGAUUUUCAGGGCAUUUACAGGUCACUUGCUGUUCAUUUUAGGGCAUCUGUUGACUUUGAGUCAUUGCCUCUUCAUUUGGGUGAUUCCCAAGUCAUUUCCUGUUCUUUAACUCAAACAGGAAGAGGCCCAUAAAAUACCCCAAAAUCGACAGAAAGUAACUGAAAAUUAACAGGUAAAUGACCUUAAAUGGCCCAAAAUUACCUCAUUACCUGGCAUUGGCUCCCACUACCGGCCAUAGACGUCCAAUUCGUUCAUUCGCUGCCACCCUCCCACUUCAAAUGAAUUUUACGUCUACUAAUGAUAAACUCAUUCCAAUUCACAGCAAAAGCUUGUUUUUCUGUUUAUUAGUUGUUUGUAGAAUAUCCUAGAACAGCAUGUCCAAAGUCAGGCCCGGGGGCCAAAUGCUGCCCGUGGUCAAAUUUCAUCCGGCCCCCAGCCUCUGUCAUAAAAUCAAUAACGUCUGGCCUGCACACAGACUUAAUAAAUUGGUCAGCAGUAUUGCUACCAGCAUAUGAAGUAGCUUACACACUAAAUGCUGCUCCUCAUUUACCCACUAAAAGGCAGCAGCACUCUAAGCAAUAUUACCCAGUGUGAACCUUCCAAUUUUCUAAAAUGGCGAUAAUCAACAAAAAAAAAAAGUUGACUUCAAGGAUAGGUGGAAAUUGGACUAUUUCUUCAGUAAAAUAUCCAACAACUAUGUCUGCCUCAUUUGCAAAAACACUUUAUUGCCAAAUGUAUCACAUUUGAUACACCUAAAAUUUCAUGAUUUUGAGAGUAAUUCAGAAUUUUGACAUUAAUUUUUGGAAGAAAAAAAAAGAUGGAUGAAACGCGUGCAUCUGCAGAUUUUAUGAGGAAAAAAACAGGAUUUAGCUGGGGUUAUAGAUAUUAGAGUGCUAAUUACACAUAUUCAUUUUGACAUUUCUUUUUACAAAUUUGAAAAAAAGGUUUCAUCGGGACCUUAUUUUUCAAAUUUUGGGAUUCUCUGAUAAUUGCUUCAUGUUGCAGGUCUUUAAGGUUUAAAUAGUUCAAUGUGAGGCGAUAUUACCAAACAAGAUACGCUAAAAUGUACGGCAAGAUUACAGGGAAGAUACGCAGCGAGAAAUUGAAGCAACUUGAAGCUAGUAUAAUUUCACAGCAGCAGUAUUUCGCAAGAGCCCGUGAGUCAAAUGAGAACGCCAAAAAGGCUAGUUGCGAGAUUGUUGAAAUGAUUAAUUUUGAAGAAAUAAUAAAGCAAAUGUAACACACAGAAUGGCUUGCUAAAAUUUGCUUAAAUAUAUUGUUCUACGUAAAGGACGUCAGCCAAGGUCAGCCCCCCACAUUUUUACCACACCAAACCUGGCCCCCUUCGCAAAAAUUUUGGACACCCCUGUCCUAGAAUGAUUUCCUGACCAAUGUAUUAAUAAUCGUUGUAUCGUCAGAUCAUCGUUAUCGUGAGCUUUGUAUCGCACAUUGUAUCAUGAGGUACCAAGAGGUUCCCACUCCUACUUUUACCCGUCCUACACACUUUAAACCUGUGUAAACUUCUAUAAAGACAGUAGAUCAAAUAUCAUGACUGGAGAAAUAAAAAAGCUGCUAGUUUCAGGCUUUUGAAGGUAACGACAAAAAGUAAUUAAAAUUGACAUACAAACAGCAAAAUGGGCUGCCAAACCUUAUCAUUUUCACUAGCUUAAUGUUGACAUCAAUUGCUAACAAAUGAGUAUUGUUACACUCCUUUAAAACACUGAUACUUAACAUGUCAAGAAAUAACACAGGACACUGUCAUAUGGCUGUGCACUGUAAAAACCCUUGAAUGUUCGCCUAACAUUCCACCAUAAGUGGGGGUGUGAAAGACCAACUACGAUAAAGCGGGGGUUCACUGUACUCUGUUUUACAGCCUCAAGUCUCUUCACGUGUACAUAACAACACAAAUGCUCUUUGGGAGCAGUAGAACUCUCUGUAGACUUGCACUUUCGACUGCAUGUUCCAUGCUGGGAAGUUUGCAUGACAGAUAGUGCAAAUGUCUGUUUUUGAUACACUUUUUUUUAUUUUUGAAGUUAGCAAUCACAAGGGUCCGUAUUUCAUGUCCCCUUAACAGAGUGUGAGGGAUGUCUUGUGAGUCCCAGUGUACUUUACAAAGCAGUAUGGAUAUGGAUCUUGUUCGCCGUAGCACUUGACACUUGAAGGUAUAUGCCUUUUAUGACUUCUAUUGUGAUUCCCGAGGCUUACAUCUUCACUUCUGGCUUGUAUUUGUAAAAAUAUAGAAAAAUCACGAUUCUACUUCUGUGUAGCACACAGGAACAAUCACUUUGAGUUAAGUUCACAAACUUCGACUUGAAUGGUUCAGUGGAAAUUUCACAUUUGCCAGUUCAUGCCGGCCAUAAUGGGUUAGGAAGUAUCCAAGGCAGUAAAAAUCAUCAGACAGUAUUUUUAUGUAUAGUAGGGGAAAAAAAUGCCCCACAAUGCCAAAAUAUUCUCACUUGAACUAUUUUUAGAGAAAGCAUUUUAAACUUUUCAACUGACACGUGUUAAGUUGUAGAACUAGCCCAAUUCUCUCAGCAGGUCAAAAUAACAUCCAGUCAGUGGCCCACUUCAGAGCCAUAGAUCCACCAACACGCAUUGCUCUUACCAAAAGGGGGAAAAAAUGUAAAUCUUUUAUGAAGCAACUUCAGAAAACAGGUGCUUGUGGCGUACUUUUUACAUUCUUCCUCUUUUUUUCCCUCCCCACCUUAUGAUUGUUUUUAUAUUUAUUUCAUUUACAAGUUGUAUAGUUAUGUGUAACUAGACUUUUAUUGGACGUAAAUUAUUGUUUUGUAUACAAAUCUGUAUAAAGCGUGUAGAUGUAAACAUUUGAUGAAAGUGAGUUGUGUCAUUCUGGAUGUAUGUUGUAUUUGUUAAAAAAGGUAAUAAAAAAAACCAAAGUAUUUCAGCUUUCACUUU